GGUCCGAAAAUCCAGCCUUCUGCACCAAUCUGGAGAGUGCGAGAGAGAGAGAGAGAUGGGUGUGGAGGUGGUGUGCAGAUGGCCGAUCCAAGCCGCCCCGGUGCGUCCGGCCGGGGCGGUUCGGCCCGGGCGGGAGAUCGGACGGCGGGGGUGGAUUGGCGGUCGAUCCUGCGCCGUCCGAUGCAGCGGCGCCGUGCUUCGGACGUGCAAGAACUGCAAGGCGCAGUUCGACCCCGCCCUCAACCACCCCUCCGCCUGCCGCUUCCACACCGCCCAUUUCGGCGGUGAAACGAAGAGAAAGUUCGAAAGCGUGUACAAGGGCGGCACGAUGAACACUCCCGACUCGGGCCAAGUAUUCCAAUACUGGCAUUGUUGCGGCUCCGAAGACCCAUUCGACCCUGGCUGCACUGCUGCGCCGCAUUGUUCCUAUGAUGAUUGAUCGGGACAUAAUUAAUUCUUAUGCAAAUUUAGCUUGUAAUUUUUUUUAAAAAAAACUUGAUCUGUUUAUCUGUAAUUUCAUCCUGUAAUUGUAAAGCUGCUGUAGUGGGGAAUAGAUUGAGUUUCCAUGAUAGUGCUUCUCCCUUAUGAUAUUGCUUUGGGGCAUGAAUCACCUGUGAUUUGCAUUUUAUGUGUUGUUAAUGUCAUUGUUUAUUUGCUAA